UCAUUCGAGCCCAGCACGGUGGAGGUAGUGCACCGGUCGUGUGUAUACAGGAGUGCUUUCAGGAGAGGGGAGCCAAAGGAGCACGUCUUGACGGAGGGAAGGGUCUAGGACUACAAGAAGAGCAGGAGCUCGGAUUCUGGCCAUGGGCACGUGAACGAUUUGGAUUUGUGUGUGUCCCUGGGAGUGUGUGAGUUUUAAACUUGUGUGUUGUGGCCGAUGGCUCGAGGCGCCUGCUGAUCACCAUGUGGCACGAAGGAUUUACAGCACGCCAACUUGUGGUGUGGAGCUGCUUGUUUGGAUUGCUUUUUUUAGCAGAAGCAUCCACAGUCAGGCAGCAUGCUGGAAAAAGUUCGAACAGCACGUGCAAUGAAGAUACAAAUUUUGCCUGUAGAAGCGACCCAAAGAUUUGCAUAGCCCUGGCCAGGGUGCGAGAUGGAUCUGCAGAUUGUCCAGACGCAUCCGACGAAGCGUGCUACACGGGCGAGUUCCAGUGUCGCAGCAGCUAUUUCUGCAUUCCCGAACGACGAGUACAAGACGGUUGGGAAGACUGUCCAGAUGGAUCUGACGAAACAUGCCAGAGCGAUCAGCACCGCUGUAGAUGCGGUUUCCCACGCUGUAUCGAUGCCACAAAAGUGGGCGAUGGCGUCAGAGACUGCCUCGACGGCUCGGACGAAGACGAAGCGAAAGGGAAAGCUUACAAAUGUCCCAACGAUGGAUCACUGCAAGACCUCAUGGCGAUGGAACGAAGGCGUCGAUCAGACCGACGGAGAGGGGCGAGACACUCCGGCCUUAUGACGUUCACCGUGGGAAGAGAAGUUCCAGCCGAAAGUCAAACGGAGUCCUACGAUGACUCUGUCGUUCAUCCCACGGGUCUUCUAACAACCCUAACCGGCUCUGAAGUCAAUGGUGACCGCACGACCUUGUACACGACUGAAGUACGCCGGGAAUACGUGCGCGGCACGUACACGCAAGUUCUUGAAAGCCACUCCAGCGUCCUGGAUCCCGCAGUGUCACUUAACGAAGUCCUGGCUGACGCAGUGCACCAAGAGACCACUCACGGGUUCGAAAGUUUCGGCUCACUGAGUUCUGGAAAGGUAUUUCAGACUGCAGUGAACGAAUUGGCUUCGUCGCUCAAUACUGAGAUUAAGCCCAGCAACACCGAGAGAGAAAAGUUGACCACUGUAGUCGGCUUGAACAUCAGGACCGGCCAAAUUGGGAAAUUGCCAGAUUCCAACCCAGAUGUUCCGGUAAUAACUGUGACAGGCACUGAAGGGUCACUGGUGCAAGGUGCGGGACACGACCAGACGACGUACAAGGUGUUCACAGGAACUUACGUCAAGAACGAUGGGGACAGUGAGAAGACCUACAUGUUCUUCUUCGGCAACAGACAAGUUGGCGUCGAGGCGACCCCUGCGCUCGCGGAGUCCGACAAGAGUGAGCACUUUGACAUCAGGUCAGGAAAUCAGAAAGGUGUCGUUGUCGAUAUAUCGCAUAACGUUGGUGUCAUACUUCCAACACGCACCGUCACGAACAUUCAACCAACAGAGCCUCCUCAGUCGGAAUCGCUGCUGUUCGCGUCUGGAAGUGACGGAGGCGGUAGUGCUAUGACGGGAAUGUUCAUCGAAGGGUCUGAACCGCUCUCAAUUGAAGGAAUAUCGGCGUCACCGACUGCGACAGCUAGUACCAUGACGGUGACCUUGGACACUCCUGUGAAAACCGCAACGUACGAAGCCCUCACUUCAAGCAAAACUCUCAAACACACGCCAACUUUGUACAGGCACGGAAGAAAGUUCGAACCAACAGCCUCAGGACGUAAACUAACAAAUGUGGACGGAAUGACUAUCAUAACAGACAAAUUCUUCCUACCGCAACAUCUGGGCCUCUACACGACCUCUCCAGAGGGCAGCCCGUCAAAGACAGCCGAUGACUUCCUCGACGUCAUUGAUCAUCAGAGUAUACCAGCUGAUGAUCAGAGCACAUCUACUGAAGAGUCUGUCGUUAUGGUCAUGAUGAGAAGACCUGUUCACCAGGUGCCGCCCUUUCCAUUCCAUCCUGAUUUGCUUACACACAGCCCCUCUCUCAAAGAUAUUCGGGCAACGAGGACCGUUGGCUCGAACUCUAACGAGGCUGAUGACGACGACGUUGGCGAUCUGUUUGCAACUGAAGCGGAAUACGCCUUCGACGGAGAAGGCAACCGUCAUGACACGUCAAAAGGCAGCAGGACAAGAGUCACUCUCUUCGGUUUCGUUGACUUUACCACUUCGAUUUCUGGAACCGAAGUCGUGUUUCAGCCUGCAGCGACAGGCCUCUCGUACGACUUUGGACAGACCAAGUUUUCACAACCACAGAACGUCUACAAUCCAUUUAAUAUUCCAACACAAAAUUUGGACGAAAACUUGUCGUCCUCUUCCGAAAGUAGGGAUAUACCUUUCGGCACUGCUACGCGAGAAUUCAUUUCUAAAAUGUCAAUGCUCACAUCGACGUUCAAGGGUGGCGUUGAAAUGCAAAGCACGAUGUCCACAGUGACAGUUGCUAUGGCAGCGAGGUCUAGGGGACCUAAGGUUGAAGAUGAAGAUUACGCUGUGUUAGACACUCCAAUUUUCGACUACAGUGGAGACUACGAUUUGGCGUCUAAUUUCGUGACCUCACCUACCAUUGAAAGCACGUCAGUCGUCAAACCAACAGAACUUUAUUCGAGUGAAGUAGUGUCACCAAAAUUGGAAAAUGCGUCCGAUGAUACACGGGAGACUUCUACUGAAUCACCUCCAGCUGAUAGUCAGGACCUUACGAGUAGUACACCAACAGAAAAGUUCGCGCAUGAAGCUGCUCAGUCGUCAGCAGCAGCCAAGCAAUCUGAGACUGUAAAAGCAACGCCAACAUUGAAACGCAAGAAGACACACAAAACAGGCUUAGUAAGCUCCACGUCAGGUACAGACGUUAAUGGUGACCUAACCACAGAAUGGACAACGCUUAUCAUUGGUACCGUAAUAAGCGGCAGGUACGCUCAUGUCAUAAGAAGCACAUCAAGCAUAUACAGCGGUCCCCUAGAAACCGAAAUACCUUCUACGACAGAAACACCUGCAACGUCACCAGGCCUUGUGUCGCCGAUUGAUAUUCAGAUUGAAGGACGCAAAAACGCGCCUGUUACAGAACCAAGCACCGAGGGGGUGACUGAAGACGUUACCGAACAACAAGUAGAAACGACAACCAGCCCCCCAGAGGACCAGGACGAAAACUUGGAUGUCUACAGUAUCACGUCAAACUUUGAGAUACCGCUGAUAAAUGAGUCACGGUCUGUAGAAGAAAGUCACGAAACGGCACUGUCCGGACAGGAGCAACCCUCUGUCGUUGCCCUGUCAGAUGGAUUGUUUCUGUCAACACUGGUGCCUAACGUAGAACCAUCAGUCACAUCCGAGUCAUCAACCAUCCAACUCCUGACGGAUGGUUUCAUUCUACCGGGCUCCACUCCAUCGAGCGAGGAAACUUUCGAUAUCGCACCUACUAAGUCUGACGGUCAUCGUAUCAUCACAAUGGGUUUCAUACUUCCUGGCUUCGACCAAGACAAAUCAUUCGACGAAGUCACAAAUGGAGACGGCUUGAAAGUUCUCACCGAAGGGUUCCUCCUCCCCGGGAUCGAUGAUCAGAGACCGGCUGAUGUUACUGAUGAUUCCAUGCUUAACGACGGAGUCACCGAAACAAGUGAAGCUUUGUCCAGCGAGUUACCGUCAGCUACAUCAUUUCCUGUAACUGACUAUAGUACGACUACGCCUCUCGUCACUGGAACGAAGGAUACAAGCACAGGGGCUGAUAAUAAAGUUGCGACGACGUCGUCUGACGUAUUUGAAAACAGCGAUGAAAACUUGAAGAACAAAGUACAGGACAAAGAAACAGCUGUACAAGAUCACCUUCUCAUUGAAAUAAGUCCAACCCCAGCAGCAGGAACAGAGACUCCGGUUCCAACAGCUGCUGAAGAUGCUGACACGUCCUCGUUGGUCGUUUCACGUGAUUCAUUCAGCAACGAAAUAUCAUCAGAAAUGGUGAAAUCAUCCGAUAAUCCAUUGCCUCCUCUGUUGGAACCAUCGCCGGCGACAGGCAUGCCAACUACGUAUUUUACCACAUUCACCUACUACUCUACCAUAAAGCUCGACGGCAGCGACGUGGUUUCUACGAGAGAAGAAGUCGUGUCAAAUGUUGUAACUCAUGGCGAGAGUAAAUCUGAGCACGAGAAAACUCCUGAAACACAAGUGCCUUUGACAUCUUCUUUGGAAACGCCACAUUUGCAUCCAACAACGUACUUCACAACGUACACUUAUUGGACAACGCUGUUCAAAGACGGGACAUCGACUGUUGUGAGCAACCUUGAAACUGUGUCCAAUGUCGAGAACGAUGUCCGCAGAGCAGAGCCAAGUACGUCGUCACAAGCGUCGUUAGAAGUGGCUCCGUCUACAGCUGAGCCCGUCACAACAUUUUAUACGACAUAUACUUACUACACUACUUUCUUGAGUGACGGCACGCCUACCGUUACAACGAGAGAGGAGAUCCUCUCUAACACAAUGAGGAGCGGGUCUACGCUCGCUCCUACUAAUGAAGAAGCAACUGACACGCCGUCCACCGAAGUGUCUGCAACGCCCACCAUGAUGCUGUCAACCUACUACACAACGUACACCUACUACACCACUCUGGUGCGCGGAGGGAGCACAACCGUGCGAAACAGAACUCACGUAACUUCAAAAGUGAAGACGAUUCCGUACACAUCAGAGAUCAUCACAACACCGGUUGUGUCGACGUACUAUACAACGUACACGUACUUCACGACUCUGUUCCGCGGCGGUUCGAAGUCAGUGAAGAGCAGGGAAAGUGUCAAGACGAACGUCGUCACUAAAUACCCGAAGACCGAAUCAGUUUCCUCGACACCGCCAGUUCAGGUGAUAACAACUUUUACCACACUCCUCUCUCCUGUUACUGUGUACAGGAAUGGAACACCUCGCGUGUCCUUCUUGGUAAGGACGUCUCCCAUCACAGUAACACUUGGAGCGACGCCUGAACCGACUGAACAGGUUGUGCCAAGGAUAAAACCUACGGCGACAUCUUCUCAGCCCUCCUACUACACAACCUUCUUCAGGGACGGUACGCCUGUCGUCUCCACACUUGGAGGGGCAGCUCCAACCGCGGAAACCAAUACACCCGAACUUGCUCCGUCCGUAAAAACCUUCUAUACAACCUAUACAUUCUUCACGACGCUGAAUGACAACGGAACGCCAUCAGUCUCACGUAGAGAACAAGUUGUAACAAAUUAUGUUACCAUGACUCCGCAUGAUGUUGUCAAGCCUGUCAGCGAAACAGCGAAGCAAACAGAACAUACUAGGUCACCGUCUUCUUCCGAGACGCCUGCGUUAUUUGGGUCCCUGCCUUCUGGGCUGGACUUGAGGAAACUCCUGAACAACGUCCCCGUAACUAAAUACACCACGUACACCUACUACACCACUUUCUACAGGGGCGACAGCACUGUUCUGUCCAGUAGGACAGAAGUAGUCUCCAACGUCAUGACACCGACACCUACUUCAGAGUCUGGCACGACUUCAACCGUGAGCUACUCAGCAACGGCCCCUCUUGGCGCACCGCAGAUCGUUAUUCGCAACAAGCGAAACGCUGGUGAAGACAACUUACAUCCAGCAGAAGCAAGAGGUGGAGAUGUCAUCGCCACACCCGUCACGUAUUAUACAACUUACACGUACUUCACAACUUAUUUGAAGCCUGAUGGAAACACAGUUGUGGACAGCAGCCUUGACAUCAGGUCAUCGGUGGUCUAUCCCGAUCACACGAUUAGGCCAACACGUACCGUGUUCCAUGAACACGGUCAUCGCACAGAGCCGGUUCGCAUAUUCCCUUCACAUCAAGGCGGGUGUGUCAACUGUCGUCACGACACCGAGACCAUUUACACCACUUACACAGACUACAUAACCGAGUUCCGUCAGGGAAGACCUGUUACCUCAACGAGGUACCACACCGUCACAAGGUACGUUACCGUCACUCCUGGACAAACUGUCUACGAACGCAAUCGUCACACACAAGUCCCGGUACAAGGAUGCCGAAACUGCAGGCAUGACCCGCAAUACACAACUUUCACCUACUUCACAACGAAGUUUAUAGAAGGACGUCCAAUUAUUUCGACACGCUAUGAAACUGUGACAAACUACGUAACCGUCACAGUGACCGAGCAUCCUGUUGACCAGCGGAUACGACCAACAGAGCCGUACCGGCCAGUUAUCAUUCAUCCUUCACGUGCGAGAGAUACUGUGUACACGACGUACACCUACUUCACGACGAAAAUCAUCCAAGGACGUCCAAUUGUAUCAACGCGGUAUGAGACACUUACCAAUUACGUCACCGUCACAGUGACACAGCAGGGAGUUGAUCAACGCAUUCGGCCGACUGAUACGUACAGGCCGGUCGUCAUACAUCCUACACCAAUCCGGGACACUGUCUACACUACGUACACCUACUUCACAACACGAUUCAUCCAAGGUCGCCCAUCUGUUUCCACUCGUUAUCAUACAGUGACCGACUACGUUACGAUAACGGUAACCGAACGCGACCGAAUUAGACCAACCGAAAUCCACCGACCUAUAUAUCCUACAAGGCACGAACAAGGGCCUUAUCAUACAGCGUACACAACUUAUACGUACUACACCACACGGUACAUCAACGGCCGCCCAGAAGUCAACACGCGCUACGAGACUGUAACUAACGUCGCAACAGUAACCAUAACUGAGAAUGCCACACCAGAAGUGCACCAGCGUGUAAGACCUACACAAACUGGGCCCUACAGGACGUAUCAUACGACAUAUACCUAUUUCACCACAAGAUAUGUAGACGGCUCUGCCAUCGUGAACACCAGAAAAGAGACCGUCACAAACACGGUCCUUGGAGAAUUAUGCCGAACGUGCCCCGUCGACCACAGCAGGAGAACAUUCAUUGAAAGCCGUCGGCAAACGGCACCGCCGGUUGUGGUGACAAGAACUGCCGCCCCGCACGGCGACAUCCAUCCCACCCCGACGACCUACUACACGACGUACACUUACUUCACGACGCUCCUAGAAGGCGGACGUCCCGUCGUGUCUACGAGAUACGAAACGUACACAGACGUGGUUUCAGGCCUCGUGUUGCCAACUCGAGCUGAACCACGACCAGGAAGGACUCAAGACGUGACACUGGAAGAUCUACAAGUUCAGCAGCAGAUUGUACGAGUAAGACGUGAAGCAAGCGAUGACACUAACCUCGUGGACGGCAGCCGUCUUUCACCAGAUGCCGAGCAAGCAAACCCCGAAGACGUUCGACUGCAUCUCCCCCUCUCCAGAGCAGAACGCGACGUGUCUCUUGUAGAUGGUGACGCCCAGGCCCCCGCUAGGGAAGGCAUCCCGAGCAACGAAUUUGUAGGAACCCAGGAAAACAGAGGUGUAGAUUCAACAACUAGCGACGAACAACCGCAAGGAGUUCAGCUUUUCAGCUCAGGCGUGGAGGCAUCGUUUGAAAACCCGUCUGCUAGCACGGAGUCAACAAGGAGUCUGAAUGGUGCUUCCGUCCAUGACGAUUCCCACACGGGGAGAAUUACAACGAUAACGCAGGGAUCAAUCACAGAAGCCUACGAGGAACCUGCUACGAUAGUUGCCCAAAAGCCUCACAAGUCUCCGAUUAUCAAGAAGCACCAAAAGACAUAUUCAAAGGCUGGCCAUGAUGUCCGAGAUAAAUACGACGUCGACUUUAAGUUCACUGGAAGAAAACUGCAGCAGUUUGAGGAGCCAGAGGAACCCAUCAAACGCUCGCACGACUUCACUAGGAUUAGGGGAAGAGCCCGUAUUCGACCCACCGCUGCACGAGUAUUCACACUGCCAACUCCAGAAGCUCUCGUGAAUAAUCCGAACCAUGGAUUCCAAGCUCCAGAAGGGGACCUUCUUGAAUUUAGAGGCCAUCAGGAAGACUUGCAAGACUUUAGAGUGCAUGGUGUUCCAAGAAGAGAACCGCAAAGGAACCGUGCUAUUGACACUUCCCCUGGUUUCAAUGGCUUUCGUCCUGUGAGGCCUGGAGCUGAAGAAUUUGUUGUAAGGCCGCCCCAUGUACAAGAUACUGAUCUGAAUGUAGGAGCACCGCACAGUCUUGGCUUUGGUCAGCAGCAGCAUCAAAGCUUCGGCUCAGGUAAUGUUCCUGAAUCCCCUUCACUCCCUCCCUCAUCCCCAGUCCUGGAACCUUCACUUUCCCUGAAUGACUACCCCUUAUCCUCUCUGGGAGGUGAUGGACACUACAUUCCCUCUGGUGCUCACGCGAAAGUGGUGGAUGUGGUAGACGCUCAUUCCUUGAGCUCGGUUGGUGCGGUGGAUGCGGUAACCCUUUCUCCCUCACAAACAACCGAUGUAGUUGGUGGGAUAACCUUCUCUCCUACUCCUGACAUCCCGUCUCACCUGCCAGGAAACGUCAGGCGGAUCAAGGUGUUGAGGCCUAGCGGUGGUGUGCUCCCUGGUGACGGUUCUAAGAAAAUCCGGCGCAUAAAAAUAACGCGAACAUUUUCCCCGACAGGUGUACCUACGCUGUUCGACGACUACCGUUCACCAGCAAGACCGCCAUUCCAACAGCAAUUUGUGCCGUUUAAUCAAUUCGUUCCAUCCCAAAAUGGUGUUCCUGUUUCUCAGCCGCUGCAUAAUCCUCAACCUGGAGUGUUACGUAUCCCACAGGACAUUAACAUCCAGGGGGGUCCUGCGCAGGAAAUUGGUUUUAAUCAGUUUAUAGAUGAUAGGAACAGGAACCCUUUCCAGGGUUUUACUCCAAAUGCCCCGUUCCAGCAUACUCCUACAGCUCAUCCGCCAGAGCCUAUUGUUCAGCACAAUCAAUUUUCACCAGUCGUUCCUGAGCAGAACCACUUUUCGCCAAUUCAUCCCGUGCAACAGUUUGUUCCACCUCCUCCUCCUGUUCAUAACGAACCCCCGAGGGAAACAGGGCUCGAGCAAAAUAGCUUUACUGGUGAACGGCUCCAAGAACACGUCCCAGAACCUGUGGUACCAUCGUCAAGGAGGACGGUGUUCAAGAGGAUUCGUCCGACUGAUUCCAAACGAAUUGGCGAACGGAAGACUUCACUAGUGCGCAAGACUCGACCUGUUGCUCCAACCCCUUCAGCUGACCUUCAAUCUCCAAGCGUAGACCCUACACACAUCUUCGUGUCAUCAGCUGUUGGCGAUUUCAGCAGAUUUAUUGAGCCGACAGGAGUCACGAGUGCACCGGUUUCAAGAUUCCUUCAAGACGUCAAGCCCGAAUCUGCUUCGGAAAACCACGACGUCGAUUCCGCACAUGAAGACACGAAGCAGCCCGAGGAUGAGGGUCCCCACAACAACCAUCAAUUCAAAAAGGUGAUUAGGAUCCGGCGACCAGGGCCGGGUAAAAAUGGCCAAAGAAGGAAGAUAAUUCUCAACCGUCGACCAGAUGCUGCUGGUCUCCAAGCUAAUGAUCCAGAUGUAAAAAUUCACCAGGCAGCAGUUGACCAACAUAUCGAUAGUUCAGACCAUGAUCCAGAGUCUACGGCAACAUCGAAAGACACGGUAGACAUCAGUCCCUUCUUGGAUAUUGGCGCUACUGUACCCCUGACAUACUAUACGACGUUCACGUACCUGACAACAUUCCUUCACGGGACUGAUACGGUUUACAACAGCAGGGAAGCUGUGUUGUCUACUGUGGUGACGGUACCAUUGAACACAGAUAUUGUUGAAGUGAUCCAGAGUCACGGCGGUUUUACAACACCGUCGGAUGGGGUUUCCAUGGUUAAUCUCGGUUCGAGAACGAAAGGCGCAGCUACGACGAUUGUGAAUCUCGAAUCUCGAUUGCAAAUCUUCAACAGCGAUGUCCUCAAGGGAAUUAUAGCUACGCCAACAGCGGCCCCUUUCGUCAGCUAUGAAACCGCUUCGCCAGCAAUAGACGAACCCGCAAAGUUGACUUCAGGUGUGGCGUCUGGUACAGUAAAACUGGCUGAUCUCGAGCAUCUGCGGAAGACGCUAUAUACACUGUACACAUACUACUAUACCCUAAUUGACGGACUUGAAACCAAGAACUCUGUGCGCUCUGAAUUAUCUUCCACGGUUCUAGCAGAUGAUCUAAGUGAAGUCGCGAAUUCCAUCAGGCACACAAGUAUAACCAACGGUAUACUCCCUCUGGGGUCUGGACCGACGACAGUUCACCUUGGCUCGAGGGAAGUAGAUGGGACAACAACAGAAGUCAACCUUGGUAUGCGCACUGUAGUCAAGUUCGACGGCGUUAAGGACGCAGUCAUUGGUGACAUUAGCAAUCAUAUUCAGCCCACAGCCACUUAUGAUUCACCGCUACCCACGGGGGCCAUCCACGACACAAUCGACAUCCUUCCAAGUUCCGAUCGUUCUUCUUUGCUUGAAGAUGCCCUGCAACCAUCGUACACAAUUGACAACGAUGACCAUCACAGAAGAAAUCUUCAGGCGACGCCGAUCAUUCUCCUGCCCAUAAAUGACCACACAGAGGGUCCGAGGGCUAAAGUUAGAAUAGUGACCACUAAGGUUCAUAGACCGGUUGGGGGUCUCAAGUCUGGGGUCUUCCAAGCUGCUCCAGGGAUACGAGUGCGCGUUCGACCUGUCAUUCGCCGACCUGAUGGAAGCUUAAUAAAGGAUGACGAAAAUGUAGAGUCCCCUCCCGUUGAGGUAGAGCUGGGAACAGAAGAAAAGCACAACGGAGCUUCCCUUAACCCAGAAGAAACCGAAGACACUGAAUCCACUGAGCGUAAGCGUCUAAAGGUCACACUUCGAAGACCUGUUCCAGGUGAUCAGCUUGCAAAGACCAAUACCAUCAAUACUCGUUUCGUGAGACCAUCUCGCUUCGAGAUCACAACAAAGCCGCGCUUCUAUGUGGUUACCAGAACGAAUGCAGCUGGCGUCGCAAGGCCAACGAAAAACCCUUUCACUGUGAAAGUCAGCAAGAGAGUCAAGCCAUCCAGCGAAGUUGCAGCAACACCGACUGUUAGCGUGUUCUACGAAAGGUACACGACGACCACAUCGGUGCCGGUGAUCUUCGGGCUUCAGACCAGCUAUAGAGAGGUGGUUCUUACAGCUUCCACUCCAGUAACUGUCACCCUGAGCCCAACGUUCGCGCCUGUUAGCUCCGGAUUCAUUCAGCCUUCACAAACUGUUAUGCUGACGUACUUUACGACGACCACGUUCACAGUGCCAUAUACUGUCGGCGACCAGACGUUGUUCACUACAGUACAAGAGACCAAUUCUAGAGUUGUGACAGAGACAAUAGAGGCAAGCCGAGUGCACGAUGACAUACCGGCGUCCCAGUCUCAUAUUCAACCCCAACAGAGCGCUAGAGGUGGCGACUACGACACCAGGAGACUUUAUUCGUCAGAAGGCUACGCGUCAUACUUCUCACACAGACCAGGCCUUUCAACUCGAGUGUCGGACGGCGUCACACUUAUUGUUGCCAGCAGUGGCGAUGAAUAUGCCACGCCGCACCUGCACUCGCAACCAACAACACCUGUUACGCUGCAACCAACACUUCUGUUGGACGCUGUGUUGAUGAAAGAACACUUUGGAGGACAACCAAUCUCUCCACAACCAUUCUCGGUGUCGUACAGUACAAGAACGCUGUUUACGACAUACACGUAUUUCACGACAUUCUUCACUGGGGAUACGACUUCAGUUGCGAGCUCAGAACAGGUUAUUUCCAACACCGUUACAAUACCGGUUACACAGAAGAUCGAACCAACCGCGACGCCACAGUUACCAGAAGUCCGAGAACCGAAUACCUUCCUGGAAACCAGUGAACGUGUCAUCACCAGUACGUCGUACAAUACCUUCACAUUCUAUGCUACGUUGUUUAACGGCUCCAGCUCUGUUGUAACACCCUUUGAAGAAGUCCAAUCACAAGUAUUUACAAUCACGGAGUCGUUUACGAUCACGAAGACAUUACUUCCAUCCCAGUCACUCUUCAACUACAUACCCGUCAGCAGCCCAGCGUUCGAGUUGCAGCCAACUACUCAGCUCAGCACAGUCUAUUCUACACAAACCAAUUAUAUUACAUUCUUCCAAGGAACGAGCACCAUCGUUUCUUCGAUCGAAGAAGUCUUCUCGGACGUUGUUACACUCACAGUCAAAGAUGGUCUAGUCAGCUCGACACCAGUAAGCUCACUUGCACCAAUAGCAGUCUCGUCGACUGUAACAGUACCUGAGUAUAGUACCAGAACUGUGCUAACGACGCAAACACAGUAUGUUACGUUCUUCAGCGGCAGUCGAACAAUAUUUUCAUCGAUCGAAGAAGUUGGAACAACUGUUGUCACCGAGAAAGUUGGCUCCAAGUCGUCCAUCUUCUCGGGCGAAAUCGCAACGCCCGUCACUUCAGUACGACCAUCUCUUACCAGCAGCUGGUACGCUCCUCCUGCACCAUCAUCGACUUUCAUUCAACCAUCCUCAUCCACGAGCCCUGCGGAUCUUGUUCCUUCUGUCCGAACUUAUUACACAACUUAUACCUACUUUACAACGUUCUUCACAGACUCCAGUUCGAUUAUUGCAAGCCGGGAGAAUGUUGUAACGUCUCAUGUGACGCUGUUCGUUCCCCGGGCGUCUCUGACGGCGACGAAGAAGCCUCCUGUGCAAACUAUUGCCUCGUCUUCAACUUCAACAGCAAUUUCAACCACGCAAACAACGCCACCUCCGCCUCCCAGCACUACCGUACCUGUCCCGACUAUUCCCACUGUCACCACUCCACCGUACGACACCAACUUGUACACCACUGGAACCACAUACACGACGUACACGUUCUACACAACACUAUUCGGAGGACAAGAUAAGAUCAUCAUAUCUAGCGAACAGGUGGUCCCCAAGAUUGUAACCACAAGGAAAGGUCUCCGACCGACUACAGCAUCCACCCGUCUGACGCCAACGCCAACUGUUCUGACGCAUCUCACAACGUACACCUACUACACGACUCUCGUCAGCGAUGCAGUAACGGUUGUGUCAUCAUCGGAAGAGGUUAUCACACAACUGGUAUCGACAACCAUCGACGCUACUACAUCGUCGACCUUCGUUCCUGAAGUUAACAUUGUGACGUCGUCGUUCUACACUCCAGAAAAGAAAGAAACGGUGGCAAGCAGAUCUACAAGUACGCGAAGGCCAGCAGUUAGCCUGGUUUCGAGAGUAUCAAGUAAGAGCCAGUUCCCCAUCCAGACUUCUGUUCAAUUGAGGCCAUCUGUGUCAUCUCCAUCGCUGUCUUUGACAACACCCACCUCAACUACGUCGUACUUUACAAUACUGCCGUCGUCUAGCUUCCAUCCUGAAGAAGAAACGCAGCCACUUCUUGGCAUGUCAACUACAGUGAUUGACGGAUCUACCGUAAUAUUCUUUACCGAUAUUCCCAGUGGUGCAGACGAAGAGGUCGAUGACUUGAUAACGUCUUCUCUGUCGUCUGUUCCUAGCUCGUCGCAGCCCCUGUCCCCUGUUUUCGUGCCAUCUGAGACUGUGAGUCCGACUUUAGUGAAGGGCAGCCAAACGGAGUUAACGGCGCCAGUGACAUCUACAACAGUCCUAGAAAGUAGCACGCGCUACGUCGGUCCCGAUAACGAAACGACGAGUUUGGCGCCCAACGCGACGUUAUUCAUCAUAACUGGAACCGACGGCGUUGUUACUAAGCUGACGGAAGCUAAAUUCAUGUCAAGAACCGCGGCUGUGGUGCCAUCUAAAGCAGCUGCCCCAUCAGCUCCAGAAAUUAUUCCGACAGAGAUUCCAGUAGUACAUCACCCGGCGCCAACAUUUGGUGCUGGAGGUGGAGGAGGCGCCGGAAGUGGAAGUGACGCGACCAAUACUGCACCAUCCAAGCCAAUUAAGCCGGGAACAAUUAUCGAUUUAGCCGAUGUCAUCGGAGGCAGUGCAAACCUCGGCGGUAACAUUGGCGAAGCUAUAAAGGGUAUCGUCCACCUACUGUCCAACGGGAAGAAGCAGAAUGACACAUCUGAAGCUGUAGAUCUCAAACCGAGCCAUGUGAACGAACAAGCUUCUCUUCCACCAGUAGGAGCGACGGUCAGCCAGUUUGAGGAACCAGUGUACAUUCCUGUUGGAGCUAUUGCAUCAGACUCUCCAGGACAAGACACCCAAGGAAGGAAUCCAGCUAAACUACAGGGCAGACCAACGGGCGUUACUAUGUUUAGCGCCGUGAGAAGCAGCAAACAGUCUAUAUACGGUGACCAGAAUGCACACACCGAUAUUAUAACGGGAGCUGAAACAAUCUUUAUCGCUCCUACAGAAGUAUACUUCCAUGACGAAACAACUGACGCCCCUCCAGAGGUACCAGAUAGAGUCGACAAGGAUGAGCAUGUUCACCUUCAGGGAAGCGUUCGAGGUCCGGCACUCUCUUCAUCAUCAUCAUCCUCUCAUCAUAUUACGCCAAACCUUGAAACUGACGCCGAAAUAAUCACAGGCGAUAAGACCAUCUUCUUUAGUGACUUUGAUACCUUCCCUGUACUAACGCAAGCGGCGAAAGGUCAAACACAAGGUGCUGUAGAGCAGAGCUCGGAAGACAAAGUUGUAGGAGAAGAGACCAUCUUCUUCCCAGACCUCCCUGCCCCUCCAUCCUCCGAGCCCAGCGACAUUCAAAUAACCGGAGCUACCACGAUCUUUGGAGACGGUUUCACGCCAAUACUUCCUGGGGACCAUCAACCACGGUACCCUGCCGAGAGCUCGGAAGGAUCGAAGUCAGCGAGUGCCAAGUCCUCGGGAGGUGCCACGACCAUCUUCUUCCAGCUCGAUGGUGACCGUGCGCCCAUACUUCCAUCCGUCUCGACCGUCACUCAGUACAUUACCAGCGUCGAGUCCAUCACCCGUACACUGACGCUUACGACGACUAAAGUGUACUACACGAGAGAUAGUCCACUCACUAUAACAUCAGUCUUUACAACCACGAUCGCUCCGAGAACCUUUGUGUCUACCAUAAUCGGAAGCCGCACCAUCCUCGGCACGCUGCCCGCAGCAACAGCCUCUGUACCUGCUCCAGAACCAACUGUGAAACCAGACCCAACUACCACUGUCACUACAACAACGCUUAUCUUCAACUCUAUCACAACUACCGUGGUACGAACAGUGGUUAUCCCAACGGAUCAAGUCGCCCCAUCAAAAACAAGUUCCGUAUCUCCAUCAACGGCCUCCGUGGGCGAUGCUGCGCGCACACGAACACCUCAGUCGGGAGAUAGCUCCACUGGUUCUCAGCCGCCAACUCCACGACCUCCUUCAAGAAGGUUAACAACACCACGGACGACACCUUCGCUCUUCUCGAAGAGGCCAGUGAUUGCAUUCAGAGCUCCAACUCGCACUACCGAAACGACGAGCAAACCCGCUCCGACCGGUCCGAGGCCGAAGCUACCGUUCCCGAAGCCUCCACCAACGACCACGACAACACCCAAGCCAACGAGACCGCCGAUCAAAAAGAAGCCUAGCAAAGAUAUUCCCCUGGAAGGUCUUGCUCCUGUCUGUCUACCACGUUGCAAUGAUGGCAACUACGAGAUUUGUAAGGAAGCCCUCGAUGGAACGUGGUCCUGUGAGUGUAAGCCUGGAUACGGAAGGCAAGAAGGCAACAAGACAUGUGCAGAGAUCGAGACGUAUGUCGUGGUUCUGCGCGUCGUGAAAAUGGGCGAAUCUGCUGUCUCCUACCGAACUGAGUUCUCCAAUAGCCUUUCUUCAGAGUUCCAAGAAAUUGCAGAUGUCGCUAAGAAAGGAAUUAGCGAUGCGGUGAAGAAGACAGACGUAGAAGAUCAGUUCGUGUCUUCCAACUUGAACAGCAUUUCAGAAGCUGGUGAUUUGGACACAGCAGACAGCUCUCCACCGGGAAUUUUGUUAAACUUUACCGUUGCUAUGAGAAAAGGUGACAAGAUAACGCCAGAGGUCAUCCACGAGCAGCUUAGUCGAUCACUCCGACAGACAAACUACAGCAUCGGACAGAGCGUCCUCUACGUGAGCCCAAGUGCAGAAGGAGUUGCUGCUGUCAAAGAUUUCGACGAGUGCGAACAUCCAGACCUCAACGAUUGUGCAAGAUUGGCCAAAUGUGUUAACUUGCCAGGAACGUACAGCUGCUACUGCAAGGACGGCUUCCAGGACCUCGAUCCCUUGCGACCUGGGCGUAUUUGUUCAGGCGAGAUCAAGAACUGCGACCACUGCAACGCACGAGGAACAUGCGUAAUAUCUGACGAAGGAAAGAAGAGCUGCAGAUGCAACCGUAUGUUCCUGGGACGGCGGUGCGAGAUUAAUGGUCUAGUGUUAGCCAUCGCUUUGCCCAUCGCCCUGGCCCUGCUGGUGGUGAUGGUGUGUGCCAUGGUGUGUCUGUGCCGGCGUUGGAAGCGCAGGACGAAACGAGCCAAAGGUCCUUUUGGCAUGGGAGCCGCUAGUCCUCCAGGAGGAACGCUCGACAAAAAAGCCAUGAUUACUGACACGUCGAGCGAGAGCAGUGGCGAGCAUGCUCUCAAGCACUCAUACGCAUUCGACGGCUUCAUGCACGAACGUGUUCCUAUCUCUAGUACGACGCAAGAAAUAUGUCAUCAAGGACCACACGCUCCAGUCGAAGAAGUCCAGCCGGAAGAGCGACAUGAGCCUCAACAGAAGCCUCUCCACGGGAUUCAGUGUCCCCCACGUUGUCAUUCCUCGGGCGAGGCAUAGCCCUCACAGACCACCCCAGGUAAACCACGGCGCCCACCCCAACCCGUCCGCCAUGUGGUGACCUACUCAUCCUCCUCUUACACCUAACAUUAUUGAAAACAAGGAGCAUGGUCGGUAAUAACCCUUCCUCUCCUCCCCUCUACGGGUGUACAGUGCCGCACUCUUUAGCCCAGGGGAUAAGAUAAGAUAAGAUUUUUUUUUUUAGAAUGGACUCUAUGCUCAACAACCGAAAGCUUUAUAGCUUAAAUAACAGAGAGAGAAAGAUUAGUUUUUUUUGUGGAAGGAUGCCGUGGUGUUCGUCAUCGACGGUGAUGCCUGCCUCGACGAGGAUAUAGCCUCGCUACCAUGCUGUGAGGCAAGAUUGUAGCCUCGGUGCCAGCUGUGUGUUUGCUUCUUCGGGACACUUAUGGUGAAUUGAACUGAACCAGUGCGACGCUGAAGGCAAACCCCAGUGAACCCGGUGACAUGUGACGUAGUGACGUCAACGGAAGCCCUGUUGGACUAACCACUCAAUUUUCUAACCUUUUUGUAUCUUCGUGGAUGCAAAAGUGUACCUCGUGUUAGUCUUUUUUUUUUUUUUUUCGUUUACACGUGGAAUACGGGGAAUACUGUGCCAAUACGCUGGAGACGAGAAAGGCAGAGAUAUUUCCCAACCGGUGACCUCAGAACUUUUGUAAUCUAUUUUGUGUUUCCCACUUCCGACUUGUGAUACCGUUAGUCUGCGGGCAACGCUCAAAAAAGUAAGAGUUCUAACGGAAAAAUAAAAUAGCAGAGUGCGGUCAUCGAAGGUGACACGCACUUAGUGAUGCAAAAAGAUGAGUACCUAUUUUAGGAAUUGUUAGAAAAUCAAUUGCCAUAGGGCAAUUAUCUCCGUGUGCGAGAUAAGGAAUGUAUUGUUACACAUGUAUAGCAAGAUAACUGUUGUACGUUUACGACGUCUAUUUUGUUGUUGUGAGAAUAAACGACUUUUUUCACUGUC